AUGUUUAAUAAAUACUCUUUAACUUUUUAAUCCACAAAUUUAGAAUUAGAAUACAGAGAAAGUCAAAUACCAGUUGUGAAAAAAGAGUAUACAGCAUUUUCUUUACAAGCUUGCGUAAUUUUCAUAUUGAAAAUAAUAGUUAUACAUGAUAUUUUAUUCCAUAUAUUACUUUAGAAGUUAGCCUUAUUUUAUAGCCAUAUUGCUUAGUUGUUGUUUUAUUGUUAUCUUUAUUAUCUUCUCAAAGUUUUUAAUAGAUAAAUACCCAAGUGUAAUUAACAUAAUUUUGCCUUUUCUAUAAAUAAUUAUGGCUUUGAUUCAAAGUGUUGACUAUAUUUUUAAAGAAAACAAUCCAAAUAAUUCCUAUAAUUCAAAUUAUGAUUGGUAUUAUGGAUUUUGUGCUUGCUAUUUUCACAUGGGUAUUUUUGUCAUUCUAUAAUAGCCAUUUUUAUUUAAGGCUAUUUAUUAUGGUCGUAAGCUCUAAUAGUUAUAGGAUUAUUGCUAGCAUAUAUUUUAUGGGCUUAUAAUUACUCUUAUAUCUAUGUUAGUCUAUUAUUAAGUUUUAUCUCUAUUAUUGUAGGAAUGAUUGCGAUCAAAUACAGUAUAGAGAAUAAUAAAAGGCAAUAAUUUCUCCAUAAUAGAGAAAGAAAAAAAUGGUUUGCAGUAAAUUAAUAACAAUUUUUAGAUAAUUGACACAGUCUUAGAAUAAUCUAUUUUAGUCAUCAAAUUAGAUAAACAAUAGGAUUAAUUAAGAAUACAUUAGAUGAACAAUAUUACCAAAGAAAUUUUAGAAGUUAAUAAUGACAAUGAUUUAAGAACAGUUCUAAGAAAUGUAAAUUAUUAAACAUAAUUCAUUAAGCUUACCUUUUCUAGAGGAUCAAAGCUUACAAACAAAGAAAAUAAAUGUACACUUGAAAAGCAUAUUAGAAUGAUGUUGUAAAGUAAUUCAUAAACAGGUUCUGCAUUCGAAUUGAGAAAAAGGGGUUCUUAAGAUAAAUUAGUUAAUUCACUUAUAUGUCAAUCUAAUUUAUUAGGAAAUUAAUUUAAAGUUUAAAUUGUAAAUUAUUGGACUGAUGAACAAUAAAUGGUUAUAAUGGCUACUGAAUGUUUAAAUAAUUAUUCUUAAAAUCAUGAGAAAUUAGAAUUGAAUUUAAAAAAUAGACUUAUUACCUCUUUGGCUCAACAUUGUUUAACCGUUUACUUUAAAGAAAAAGAUGAUAGAUUUGCUUAAUUAUAAUGUAUGAAUUACUUUGUAUCUCUUAAUAUUUUAUAAAAUCCUGAUAUUUUAAAUCAAACUCAUUAAAAAAAAUGCACUAAAGAUAGAGUAAUAUCAUUAUUAAAAUCUGUUUUUGGGAAUCAAUUGACUAUUAUUAACAAAUUAAAAAUAGAAAAUUUACUUAUAGAUUUAAACUCAGUAUUAUUAAUAUUGACUUCAUUGCUUUAAUUUAGAGAGAAAAAUGAGGGAUUUAUAAAAAUAUCAUCUAAAAUUAAUGAAGAUAAUAUUGAAUCUAUACAUUUUACUUUGAUAUAAUCAACUAAAUAAAUUAUACCUUAGAUAAGAGUUUACUUUACAAAACCUUUAUUUUUUUUUAAUAAUUCGGACAAAUUUUCAAAUAUAUCUCAUCUUCAAUAAAAUUUGUUACAUUUAGAUAAAAAAAUGAAUUUUUAAGAUCCUUUAAAAGCUACAACCUUAAUUAUAACGAAAUUUUUAUUAUGGCAUUAUGGUUGUAAUACAUAAAUUAAAAUUAAAUAAAAAAAUAACCUCACUUACUUUUCAUUUUCUUUGCUUAAUUAAUGA